GAUUAGAUUAGAUGGGACAGCGAAGGCCGUGGCUCAAGCUCUCGGGAGCUUCGUGACAACUACCUUACACCAACACCUUGCUCUGCUCUGCACCCUCACAUUCCUCUGACUCCCGUUCAUUUACAGCCGCUGCUUGCAUCUACUCCGGCAUUAUGGUAGGCUUCCGCGUUCUCACAGUCUAGCCACUCAGCACUAAUCAACAGACGUCGAUAGGUACCGGCUACGACCUGUCCAACUCCGUCUUCUCUCCCGAUGGCCGCAACUUCCAGGUCGAGUAUGCGGAGAAGGCGGUAGAGAACGGAGGCACUGCCAUCGGCUUAAGAUGCAAGGAUGGCGUUAUCCUCGCACUCGAGAAGAUCGUCGUUAGCAAGCUGGUCAAGCCAGGUGCCAACAAGCGGAUAGCCACCGUGGACAGGAACAUGGGCAUCGCCACCUCCGGCAUCGUCCCCGACGGCCGCCACUUUGUGGUAAGAGCCCGCGAUGAAGCGGCACAGUGGAGGAACAUCUACAAGGCGCCGAUGAAGACGGCCACGCUCGCCAACCGCAUGGGUAGCUUCGCUCAAGCGUACACGCUUUACAACUCUGUACGGCCGUUUGGUGUGACUGCGAUCAUUGGCGGCUGGGACAGUGAGACGGAGGUGCCGGUUGACGGCCAGGUCGGCUCCGGUCCUUCGAUUGGCGCUGGCGGCAAGAAAGAGGGUGCAAAGCACGGUGGCCCGUUCCUCUACAUGGUUGAACCCAGCGGACUGUACUGGGGCUACUAUGGUGCGGCCACAGGCAAGGGCCGGCAGGCCGCCAAGGCGGAGCUGGAGAAGCUUAAACUCCCCGAGGGCCAACUCACGCUGGAGCAAGGCGUGAAGGAAGCGGCCCGCAUCAUCUACUUUGCGCACGAGGACAUCAAGGACAAGGAAUUCGAGCUUGAGAUGACAUGGAUCAGCUCGGCCGAUGGCCCGACCAAGGGUCGUCACGAGGAGGUCCCCAAGGCAUUGCGGGAGGAAGCUGAGAAGCUGGCCAAGAAGGCGUUGGAGGGUGAUGAUGAUGAUGAGGAGGAGUCGAAGACCGAGGGCGAGCGGAUGGAGGAGUAGACGAAGUCGGCAUGGCUCGUGAGCGAUAGUUAUGGAAGAUAUAUGCACGCGUAGAGUCUGCCGGCGAUAGGAGUAAUGGGACGUC